UGAGUGAAAUACACGUAAGCGUUCAGCGAGCGACGAAGGAAAGGCUGAGGCCUAGCUUUGCAGGUGUUCGUCUUCAAUUUGUGACAUUUCUGUGUUUGGAGUCAGUCAAAAUGGGGAAGAAAUUUUGGCUUUUGGCUGUGAUAGGUGUUCUGCUGUUUUCAGCAUGUGCGUUAGCAGCAGAAGAAGAUGAGGGAGAUGCAAUUGUAGAAGAUGAUAUUGGCAAGAGUCGUGAUGGAUCCAAAACUGAUGACGAAGUUGUUGCCAGAGAGGAGGAAGCAAUCAAACUGGAUGGACUGAAUGUUGCUCAAAUGAAAGAGUUGCGUGAUUCGGCGGAAAAACACAUAUUCCAGGCUGAGGUCAAUCGCAUGAUGAAACUCAUCAUCAAUUCACUGUAUAGGAACAAGGAGAUUUUCUUGCGUGAGUUGAUCUCCAAUGCCUCCGAUGCGUUGGAUAAGAUCAGAUUGACAUCAUUGACUGAUAAAUCAGCUUUAGAUGCGACAGAAGAACUCUCCAUUAAGAUAAAGGCCGACAAAGAUAAUCACAUGCUUCAUGUUACCGAUACUGGUGUGGGUAUGACCAAGAAUGACCUCAUCAACAACCUUGGAACUAUCGCCAAAUCAGGAACCAGCGAAUUCUUUGAGAAACUUUCUGAAAUGGAUUCAUCCGAAGCUACCGAUCUGAUUGGUCAGUUUGGGGUCGGUUUCUACUCGUCUUUCUUGGUUGCCGAGCGCGUUAUCGUCACAUCAAAACACAAUGCUGAUGAACAGUACAUCUGGGAAUCAGACUCUGCCGAGUUCAGCGUCAAUAAGGACCCCCGUGGAGACACGCUCAAACGUGGAACUACCAUCAGUCUUUUACUGAAGGAGGAGGCCUAUGAUUUCUUAGAAGCAGACACCAUUGAGAAACUUGUCAAGAAAUACAGUCAGUUCAUCAAUUUCCCCAUCUACCUUUGGGCAAGCAAGACUGAGACGGUUGAAGAACCUAUUGAUGAAGAUGAGGAAGAAGCUGCUGAGGAGGAAGAAAAGACAGAAGAUGAAGAUGUUGAGGUAGAGGAGGAGACAGAAGAGGAAGAAAAACCAAAGACCAAGAAAGUUGAAAAGACCACAUGGGACUGGAGAUUGAUGAAUGAGAACAAACCCAUCUGGACUAGAGCGCCCAAAGACAUCACUGACGAUGAAUACGAGGAAUUCUACAAAUCUUUUACCAAAGAGAGCGAUGCACCCAUGUCUAAGACUCAUUUCUCGGCAGAAGGCGAGGUCACAUUCAGGUCCAUCCUCUUUGUCCCCAAGAAGGCACCAAACCAGAUGUUCCAGGACUAUGGCAAGAAGUUUGAUAACAUUAAGCUUUAUGUACGUCGUGUAUUCAUCACCCAUGACUUUGAAGACAUGAUGCCCAAGUAUCUUAGCUUCAUCAAAGGUGUGGUGGAUUCUGACGAUCUUCCUCUCAAUGUAUCCCGUGAAACACUCCAGCAGCACAAACUACUCAAGGUCAUCAAGAAAAAGCUUGUUAGGAAGACUCUUGAUAUGCUGAAGAAGAUGGACCCUGAUGAAUACCUAGAGAGCUUCUACAAGGAAUACGGAGUCAGUCAAGCUGGGAAUCAUCGAAGACCACAGCAACAGGUCCAGGCUGGCCAAACUUGUCAGGUUUUACUCUCUAACUCUGACACAGAAUUGACUAGUCUACAGGAUUAUCUGGAGCGGAUGAAGGAGAAGCAAGAGGUCAUCUAUUUUGUUGCGGGAACCAGUAGGAAAGAGGUGGAAUCUUCACCGUUUGUUGAGCGACUCCUGAAGAAGGGCUACGAGGUCCUCUACCUGACGGAGCCUGUCGACGAGUACUGUAUCCAAUCCCUGCCGGAGUUUGAGGGCAAGAAGUUCCAGAACGUUGCCAAGGAAGGACUGAAGAUUGAUGGAGAAGACUCCGAAGCUGCCAAGGAAAGGAGGGAGGAGAUGGAGGCCAAAUUUGAACCCCUUCUUAAAUGGCUCAAAGACACAGCUUUGGGAGAUCAGAUCAAGGAUGCCAAGCUCUCCAACCGCCUCAGUGACUCUCCUUGCGCCUUGGUCGCUAGUCAGUAUGGCUGGUCAGGAAACAUGGAACGUAUCAUGAAGGCACAAGCAUACGCACAAGCUAACAAUCCUAAACAGAGUGAGUACUAUGCCUCACAGAAGAAGACUCUUGAAGUGAACCCCAGGCAUCCCCUGAUCAAGACACUCCUAGAGAAGGUGGAAGCUGAUGCGGAAGACGAGACGGCGAAGGAUCUCGCUGUGGUCAUGUUUGAAACGGCUACCCUGCGAUCAGGUUUUGUCCUUCCCGACUCGGCUGCCUUCGCCGGCAGGAUAGAAAGGAUGCUGAAGAUGAGUAUGAACCUUGACCCCAAUGAAAAGGUGGAAGAGGAACCAGAAUAUGAAGAUGAGACAGAGGAAGAGGAGGAGGAUGAAGAGGAAGAAUUAUCAGAUGACGAUGAAGAAUAUGAUGAUAGCCAGGAAGAAACAGAAGAAGAUAUUGAGACACACGACGAGCUCUGAUGAGAGGGAACGCGAGGGAGACACCAUUGUAGAUACAGAUUAGAGGUGUCACUGAGAGGACUAACUUAUCAUAUGUAUAUCUGGACAUCAAAAUGCAUUACUCACAUGAAAGUAAUAAUGUGGGACUGUGACUGAAAAGAAGAGCUUGGAAUGGAAAUCAUCAGAACCACUCAUCGCUCGAUGGAGAAUGUUUGUUGGAGCAGGAAUCUGGUCGAGGGGCCCUUUUGCAUCAACACCUGUUAUCAAUGGCACGUUUCUCAGCACUGUUAUAAGCUACUGAAACCCCGUCCGUUGAUUGGCUAAGAAUGAAUUUACUGUAGAUUUUUUGGCUUUUUGUUAUUGAUAACGAGUUUUUGCAACAGGGCCCAAAUAACCGUGAGAAGGGAGUAUUUCACCAACAUCAGAACACCCACUUUUGUUUCAUGUUCUCAUGUAUUAGUAUCUCAAUUAUCACAACAAGCAAUCUUUUUUUUUUCGAGGCCAAAUUAUCAGUUAUUAAAAAACACAAAUAUCUCUAACACCACCUUGUAUGAAUACAAUGUUUUAUUGAAUUACUAUUGAUUAUAAUUUGAAAAAUUUGUUGCAAAAUUUAUGUAUACAAGAGAUUUUAUGAAAUUAUGCAUUCUACUACCAAUUUAGUAGUUCAGUGUUUUGCAAUUUUGUAGAUCACAUGUUCAAUGUUCUUUGUCUUCAGAUUUUGUUCUUGUGAAAAAAUCAAAAGAUUUGUUUGGUUACGGACAUUUCAUCAAUUUUAUAUUUAUUUAUUGAUAUCAAAAUUCUCUUUGCACAACAUUCACUAUUUCUGGUAAUAUUUCUAGUAAUUUCUAAGGCAGGUUUGUUCAUCUAAAAAGAGCAGCGUUUUCUUCGCUCACUAUUUUUUACGGGAUUUGGCAAUUUUGUAGGUGUUGAAUUAAAACAUCAAGGAAUGUAAAAUUAAUCGGCUAAUCAUAGUGAUAUCUAUAACUAAUGCUAAACUGUCCUGGUGUAUACUUACAGGUAUCUCAUCAUAUUUUAGCUGUUGCUAAGAUACAUUUAAUACUCAAAUUUAUAUAAUCUGCUAGUCAUUUAGUCUUGUGUGCAAGUUAACAAUGACAACGGAAGAGAAUAGGGCAUUGGGAGCAUACGUUUUUAAAACAUUUUGUUUUUAUUGACAAGUAAAGCUCUGGUGAUAUUUUGCCAAAUCCCUUUUUUUUUCUUGAUUCAAUUUUUCAGCGACUCUAAUUUUUGGGAUAGAUGUUUUCUUGCCGUUAUUUUUCUCCCGAUUGUCAAAA